AUGGUUGACUCAAGAAGAGAAAUUUGGGGAAAUCCUUAUAAUAUGAAUAAGAGUAUGGACUUCCUAGAAUGUUUAACUGACUGUGGCCUGAUUGAGGCAGGUUUUUCAGGAUCACAAUACACAUGGUGUAACAAUUGGGGACCCCCAAGAACUAUAUGGAAAAGGUUAGAUAGGCUUUUAUACCAUGAAGAAUGGUUGGACAUGUUCAACUCUACAAAAGUUGAGCACCUUUCAAAAACUGGCUUAGAUCACACCCCACUGCUGGUAACAAUAGAAAAAGAGAAGAGUAAACCUAUGAAGUACUUCAAGUUUCUGAACAUAUGGUGCCAUCACAAGGAGUUUAAGGAGAAGGUGGGAGAGGCAUGGAGUAUACCGACACAAGGGACUACAAUAUGGCAACUACACUGUAAAAUGAAGUCAGAUGCCACAAAGCUUAGUAGUUGGUCCAAGGAAGCUUUUGGAGACAUCUUUAAGGAUGUGAAAGAAGCAGAAUUACAAGAAAACAUGAUGGAAAAGAAGCUGGAUGAGACAUAUAGACAGAGGGCUAAAGCUAAAUGGCUACAAGAUGGGGACAAGAAUACAUCCUACUUUCAUAAGGUCAUAAAAGAAAGGAGAAGGAGACUCAACAUCCACGAAAUCCAAGAUGAUGAAGGUCAAACAGUUGAGGGACAGGAGAAUAUUGCUAAUACAACAAUUAGCCACUUUGAAAAACAGUUUGAAUAUCAAGAGAUCAAAGGAAAUUUCAAGAUUUUGGAAAAAGUCCCAAGGAGGGUCACUGACGAAAUGAAUAACAUGCUGAUAACUACACCUUCAUGCCAAGAAAUCAGAGAUGCAAUAAAAAAUAUUGAUGCUGAUAGUGCUCCAGGCCCUGAUGGCUUUGGAGCAAAAUUAUAUCAAGUCUGCAUUGAUAUAAUCAUUAUUGAAUUGCAUGGAGCAAUAAAAGAAUUUUUUGAAGGGGUGCCAGUACAAAGGUACAUCUCUAAUAAUUGGUAUUCUAUAGUGAUAAAUGGGGUUAGGUAUGGAUUUUUCAAGUCCAACAGGGGUCUGAGGCAAGGAGAUCCUCUAUCCCUAGCCUUGUUUGUAAUUAGUGCCAAAUUAAUUUCUAUCCUGCUUAAAAACUUGGUCCUAGAUGAGAACUAUACAGGCUACUAUAGUCCAAAGAAAGGGACAAAGCUUACUCACCUGGCAUUUGCAGAUGACAUGAUCUUGUUCACAUCAGGUAAACCUUCUGACAUUAGAAAAGCUUUGAAGAUACUAACAGUUUAUGAAGAUGUGUCAGGUCAGCUUAUAAAUAAGCAUAAGAGUUGUGUUGCCUUUUCUCCUAAGGCCAGCAUUGAAGUGAGACAUAGAGUAACACAUUUAACAGGCAUGAACAAGAAAGAAUGUCCUAUUAAAUAUCUAGGUUGUCCACUCUUUGUUGGAAGAAUGAAGAUUAGCUACUUCUCAGAGAUGGUCCAAGCAAUAACUAACAGAAUUCAUACUUGGCAUUCGAAGUUCCUAUCAAUGGAAGGCAAAAUCAUCCUGAUAAAGCAUGUGCUGUUGGCUAUGCCAUUCCAUUUGCUAGCAGCAAUGAAACCACCCAAAGGCACCUUUGAACAGUUAGAAAGAGCUGUUGCUAGAUUUCUAUGGAAUGACAAAGAUAAUGUGAAGAAGCAUCAUUGGAGUAAAUGGGAAAACAUGUGUUUCCCUUAUGCAGAAGGAGGGGCUGGCUUUAGAUGUAUCAGAGAUAUGAGUAAAGCAUGUUUAGCAAGACAAUGGUGGAAUCUGAGGACAAAUAAAUCACUUUGGAGAGACUAUAUGAUGACAAAAUACUGCUCCAAGAAGAAUCCUAUCAUCAGAAAAGUGAUAGGAUCUCAAUCACAAAUUUGGAGGGAAAUGCGAGAAAAUAAAAGUGCGGAUUGA